CACACACACACACACACACACACAUACACUCCUGCAGCCUCACGCGGGAGAGGGUCUGAUGCCAUGACCAAGGACGCGUGCAGCCUCCUCUGCUGAGAGCCAUGCGCUGCCGGCUGCGCGCUGCUGGAAUGAACCGAGCGAGAGGAGCUUUCAAGAGACUCACCUGUAGAUCUGCGCCGUCAAGAUGCCUUAUGUGACCAAACCUCUCGUUCUGCUCUUAUGUCUGGUCGUUACCGGUGAGUGCCGUCGGCACGGCCACCGGGUGCGGAGAUGGACCGGCACUGUGGAGACCCAGAAGCACGGCACCUCCUUGGCGAAGAAGCCUCCAGAUGUGACCAAGUCUCGCAAAGUGAAGACAGAGCAUCUGCUCAAAGUGGACGACCAUGACUUCACCAUGAGGCCAGCAUUCGGAGGUCCUGCAAUUCCUGUCGGCGUGGAUGUUCAGGUGGAGAGCUUGGACAGCAUCUCCGAGGUUGAUAUGGACUUCACCAUGACUCUGUACCUGAGGCACUACUGGAAGGACGAGCGCCUGUCGUUCACCAGCAGCACCAACAAGAGCAUGACGUUCGAUGGCCGCCUGGUGAAGAAGAUCUGGGUCCCUGAUGUCUUCUUUGUGCACUCUAAGAGGUCCUUCAUCCACGACACCACCACAGACAACAUCAUGCUGCGCGUCUUUCCUGAUGGACACGUUCUCUACAGCUUGAGAGUGACAGUGACAGCAGCCUGCAACAUGGACUUCAGCCGUUUUCCUCUGGAUUCUCAGACCUGCUCGCUGGAGCUGGAGAGCUAUGCCUACACAGAUGAGGACCUGAUGCUGUAUUGGAAGAGCGGUGAUGAGUCCCUGAGCACUGAUGAUCGCAUCUCCCUGUCGCAGUUCCUCAUCCAGAAGUUCCACACGACGUCUCGCCUGGCCUUCUACAGCAGCACAGGCUGGUACAACCGUCUCUACAUCAACUUCACGUUGCGACGCCACAUCUUCUUCUUCCUGCUGCAAACAUACUUUCCCGCCACACUCAUGGUGAUGUUGUCAUGGGUGUCGUUCUGGAUCGACCGCCGGGCUGUGCCGGCCAGAGUCUCCCUGGGCAUCACCACAGUGCUGACCAUGUCCACCAUCAUCACCGGAGUGAACGCGUCCAUGCCGCGGGUGUCCUACAUCAAGGCGGUGGACAUCUACCUCUGGGUCAGCUUCGUCUUUGUCUUCUUGUCCGUGUUGGAGUACGCGGCCGUCAACUAUCUGUCCACUGUCCAGGACCGCCGAGAGCGCAAGAUGAGAGAGAGGGCACGAUCUCAGUCCCUGCCCUGCACCUGCGGCAUCUCCCAGACGCGAACCAUGACCAUGUUAGACGGUACCUACAGCGAGGCCGACACCAACAGCCUGGCCGGCUACACCGAGGAGCCCAUGGUGCCAGAGGAGGAGCAGGAGGAGCUGCACGAGGUGUCGGAGAAACCCGAACACAUGGUGGUCCACCUGUCGGUGAGCAGCGAGUCCACCACCACCAAGAAGAAGAAGAGCCUGCGCACCCUGAACAUCAUCCAGAACACGCACGCCAUUGACAAAUACUCCCGGAUGAUUUUCCCGGGCUCCUACAUCUUCUUCAACCUUAUCUACUGGUCCGUCUACUGCUGAAAGACGCUCGGGCAGGACCGGAGAGAUCGACGUGCAGACAGUCCGACUGCUGCUCCAUACAGGACACCUCUGUUGGGCCUGUUGUACCGUACAGUACGCCAGGUGACCAUAGACCAUUAGGUUUAAGGCCUUGGACAGCAUUAAGACUUUGGGAUUGUUCCGAGCAGUCGUUUUUUCGUGUUUCUUUGGUCAUGCAGCAACUUGAAUGUUCAUUAACUCUGUAAACUAAAACAAAGACAGCACUCACCGGAUGGUGUUUCUAAACUACGGAUGUGAAUUCUCUCAGUCAGCUGUCAGCUUCUGUUAAACAGCUCUGUGUUCUCAUUACUUCGCUGUUCCUGUGAUAAGCAGCUGUUUGUUGGGAACAUAAGUACACUUUUGUAUCACACUCAGAGCAGUUAUGGAUAGGGACAAGCUGCGUUCUGCUCAUGUUCAUGCUGACGGGGCCACAUAUUUAUAUUCAUUUGUAAUGAUCAUCAAGCUGAAGCGUGAUUCUAUAGCUUUCAGGCCGAUUGUCUAUCAGUCAUGACUUCUAAACAGUGACAGCAGCUUUCUAAUAUGGCAGACUAACAAACUUUGACCACAUUUUAGAGCUUUUUGUCUUUAAAAAUGUAAUAUAACUUAAUGUUGAGGAGUAAAUGUGACCAAGAGUGUACAGCCAUGUUAGAACUUUUUUAUUUAGUGGUACACUGAGCUAAAUCCUAAUUGCAGCACGCUAACACACUCAUGUUUAACAUGCUGAUAAUGUUAAGCAGGUGUUGUUUGUCAUGCUCAUGCUCGGCAUGCAAGCAUUUGCCAGUUCAGUGGAGACUGGUGGGUGGCAUCAGUUGGCACUGCCUGGUGAUAAACCAUCACGCUGAAAAACAAAACUUUCACCUGAUGACUGCACGAGGGAAAAACUUAGCAAAGUGGCGACAAUUGAUUCUUUGGAGAAGAAGUCUGUACCAAAGCUCACAGCAAUUCAUUCAAUAGCACCAGAUGAAAAGAUAGGUGGUUAACAAAGUCUUUACAGGUCAUCAUCCUCUGGAGACCUUGAAUGUCUGUACCAACUUUCAUGGUAAACAAUUCCCCAUUUUUCAAGAUAUUUCAUAAAAAACUUUCCACUUCACGAUGGUGCUAGAGGUCGAUCACGCUGAGGAUCAUUAAAGUCAGCAGGAUUCAUCCUCUGGGGAAGGUAAAUGAAAAUCUGUCUAAUACUUGCCAAGAUAUGUGCAUCUGUACCAAAGGAAGUUUCCCUGAACCAGCCCCACAGCCACACUGUUAGCAUGGAUACCAACUGUGUGCUCGUGAUAACUCGAGUGUGUCUUUAUCUGAACACAACAGGCAGCCUCUGUGCCUGCUGUGUCGGGGGGGGAUUUCAUCACUGACUCCUUUCUCUCACACUUGACAUAUUAGUCUGGUUUACAUCCAAAUGUGGCGCAAAUUUCCAGAAAAUCGGCAAAGACAAUGCAAAUCAUUGCAUUGUUUGUAAAGAAAAGAAAAAAAAAGAAAAAGAAAAUAAGAGUUUGGUGCAUCAACAAAAACAGCCAAGUUCUGCUGAGGCACUGUUGGAGGAGAAAAAGUCUGAACAACAUGAAAAUGAAAGGUGACUGAACGAGAGCAGGUCAGACCACUAACAACAUGGAAAGAUGGCGUUUGUGUUUGUUUCCUGUAUGUCUCGGCGCAGAUCUGAUGUUUCUGCUGCUGAUAUUCUUCAUCUCUUUACUGCAGCAGAAGCUUCAGUGGAAGUAUAAGUCUCAUGAUUCAUGCAUCUCAUAAUUUAUUUAUUUCUGUUUCUGUCGCAUUUUGUUUUUACCGACGCUUCAACUUUUCCACCUCAAUUGAAACAGGUUGUUUUUUUUUUUUCUUUGCAGUAUCUGGAUUUACAUUUCAGCAUUUCCGCUCAAAUGUUUUGCUCAGACGAAGUCGGUGAUGGGAGCACGCACUCGCCAAGCCAACAGAGCAAAGUGACGACAUAAAACAGUUAACUUGAGGAUUAAAUCAAGCGAGCGAUAAUUAAGGCAACGGUUUGAAGUCGGAUAUCUAUCUGCAGAACCACGACGUUGCUUGAUCUCUUGCGGAAAUUAAGCAAUGAUCUCGAGAUAACAGACCAAAAAAAAAGAAAUAUGAGCAGCCAUGACCGAUCUUGACUGCUGUGGUGUUGACAUGACACUCUGAUGUGUUGCGACUACAAUGAGUUCUUGAGAAAAUGGCUCAUAGUGUUAAUAAUUAUCUCGAAUCAAGCUGGAUUACAGUGCUUCACAUAGGCUGAAAGAAAUAGAUGCAAAAUGACGGUAAUAGAAUUCACGAGAAGAACAAAAUCUGAAAUAAUAAACAGUACACAACAAAUGAAACUCAGUGAAAUAAACAGGCUCUGUUUCCAACAGCAAUAUGUCUUUACAUGACGUUUAUGAGCAUUACAGAUGACUGUAGUCAUGCUUUAUAAGUCGUAGUAUCUCAGAGGUUUGUUGGCCAGUGGAACAUCUAGAGCUGAAUGAAGACGAUGAUGAUGAUGAUGAACGGAGCCAUCACUCAGCUUGAUUCCAGACAGAUUGAUUUCUCUUGUCUUUCAAAUAAAGGAUAAAGUAAAUCUGGAACACUGGAAUCAGUUUAUUUCAUUCCAUGUUGCUCUCACUGGGCAGGACAUUAAGUUUCCUUGAACCUCUGUAAAAAAAAUGACUGCAGGGUAUUAUGUUUAUUGCAUUUCUCAUAGUCUGCAAAACUUUCACCCUUCAAGUUGUUUAUUAUUCACUUUGAUCUUAAGCAGUUACUCUUACGCACAGAAACCCACGUAACUGCCAUGGCUGCUUCAAAAGCUUCUGACUGUAGUCGGGAUAAUUUGGGAACAUGACGACACAAUGAACACGAUGACUGAAACCAUUUGACCCCAGUCUUUUCUAUUAAUGCUGUUUGCAUAUGAAUUAUUGGCCAGGUGUGGCUGUAGCUCGGCAGGUAGAGCAGGUCGGCUACUGAUCAGAAGGUCACUGGUUCAAAUUCCAGCUCCAGGCUGAGCUGAGCUGCAUGUCGAAGUGUCCUUGAGCAAGAUACUGGA